GUAUUAACAUUAGCAGUCUGCAGAAAAAAUCACUUGAUUUAUUUAAUUUCAGAUAGGUAUUUAAAAUCGACUAUAUACGGUAUUUAUUCAUCUUCGUAUCUGAACAACUGACUUUAUAAUACGGCGAUAUGACAACAGUUAUUAAAUAUGUUGGAAGAACCACAGAUUUUAAAGGUAAAACUCUAUGGGAAAUAGUUGGUAACUUGAAGAACUUGGGAGUUGGGAGAAUUAUUGUACGAUCAGUGUUUGAACGAUAUCCUGAACCUAGUUUUAUGAAGAUUGUCAAGGUUGAAACUUGUCCCGACGAAGAAAGGCGUAGAGUUCGUGUUUGGGUAGAAAAAACUUUUAGGGGUAGAAAGUUGCCAGGUCUUACUGAGAUAUACCGAACAUCAUACAAACCUGAUUACAAACUCAUACCAAAACAUGAGGAAUCUAAACUCUUAACUUCAGUUACUAACGAGCAUUAUUUCCCUGAAGUGAUCUUGCCAAAUACUAUUGAAAUGCCACCUUUAAUGAAAAAGUUCAUUAUAAAGGAUCACGAGAAGAAAGGCUUAGAGUUGAUGAAGAAUUUGGUAAUGCCUCUGAGUUACAACAACAGCCCAAAUAGAGUACAAAGAAUCGCCAAACCCGGUGAGCAACCUACCGUUGAAUUCACUAUGAGCCUAGGGAAACCAGCAAGUCCAUCUCUUUAUGAAGGAGUGCUUCAUAAGUAAAAUAAUAGUAGUUAUUGCAUUUAGAAUAUAUAAUGUAAUGUAGUUAGAAAUAUUGAAAAUAAUAAAAACAAUGGAUAAUCAAUAGUGAUGUGAUCAUUUAUGAAAAUUUUUGUAGAGAUGCAAAUUUCUU